AUGAAACUGAGACCUAAAUUUGAAGGCACCAUAUCCAAUCUUAUGAACCGGGAAUCUGUCCCCUCCUUGGAUACAUGCCUCAAUGAUCUCCUUCGCGAGGAACAACGCCUUCUCACUCAAACCACCAUGGAACAACAGCGAUCUACAUUUGUUCCUGUGGCCUAUGCAGCACAAGCUUUAGGACUCUCAGGUAAACCCUUCUCUACAUCAUCUUCUUGGUACUUUGAUUCCGGGGCUUCCCAUCAUAUGACAAACAAUGAUGAUUCUCUUACCAAUGUAAACAAAUAUUUUGGAAAUCUCAAAAUUCAUAUUGCUGAUGGCAAUCAUUUACCUAUCACGACCACUGGUGAUGUUUCUCCCUCUCUCACUGAUGUCUUUGUAUCUCCUAGUCUUACCACCAAUCUUGUGUCUAUCGGUCAGUUGGUUGAUAAUGAUUGCAAAGUGGCAUUCUCUAAAUCUGGUUGUGUUGUGCAGGAUCAACAGUCAGGGAGGAUGAUUGUGAGGGGGCCUAAAACCUGGCAAAAACUCACGGCAUCAUCUCUCAAUGGUCUUGCCUUUCACCACCUCAACAAAAUGGGGGUGGCUGAAAGGAAGAAUCGUCACCUUCUUGAUGUUGUUCCCACUCUCCUGUUAGAGUCAUCGACGCCCUCUCAUUUUUGGUGUGAAGCUCUCUCCACUGCUGUCCAUCUCAUCAACAAGUUGCCUUCUCCCACAUUGAACCACAACUCUCUUUUCACCAGGUUAUUCGGUCACCCUCCAACUUAUUCCAACCUUUGUACCUUUGGUUGUGUCUGUUAUGUUCAUCUUCCUGCACAUGAACGCACAAAACUCACGGCUCAAUCGAUUCAGUGUGCUUUCCUAGGAUAUUCAGUACACCAGAAAGUUUUUCAUACCUCUUCUGCAGCUCCAGUCCCUUCUAAGCCUCUCUUAGUGUAUCAACAACGCUCCUCCGCCACUUCCCACCAGCCAUCAGCACCUUCCAAGCCCCCUCAAGCUCCUUCCCCGACUGCUGCUCCUGUUCCAGCAACUACACCUCCCCCUCUUAGACACAGUACUCGAGUUCGUAGACCCCCAGAUAGGUUUGGUUCCUCUCCUCCUUCAUCCUUCACAGCCACCUUGUCUUCUAUUUCUCUUCCUUCGUCUUAUAAACAGGCCAUGAAACAUGAGUGUUGGCGGAAAGCUCUUCGUUCUGAUGGGUCCAUAGACCGUUAUAAGGCUCGGUUAGUGGCACUUGGCAACAACCAAGAAUAUGUUCUCGACUAUGAUGAGACCUUCGCACUAGUCGCCAAAAUGACCACCGUCUGA